AAUGCAGCUAAGCACAGACUACUUUAGAGUUCAUUGGAUAGCAAAUGUGAAAAUACUGACCUCAUAGUGUUUGUGUUAGACUAAUUUUCUCUUUUUGAUGAUGUGAAGGCAUUUUUCUAUAAGUUCUGGUUUUAUUAGAUCUGCAUUUAGUUCUGACUUGUAAAAAUCAUUCUCCUCCCCUCAGUUCCUUAAAGGGAACUAAGUCUCUUGGUGAACUUUAUAUGUAUAACUAGUUCUCAUUUUACUUUCAGAUGUUUGAGGCGGUUCGUUUCAAAUGCCAUUCUUGAAGAUGCUAAAUUGUUAGCCCUGAUGUACAACUCUGAUUGUUCACCAAGGAGACGAUGGAGAUUUUUAGAAGACUUGGAAUACAGCACAUCAUAACAGCUAGGUCUAAGAGCAUGGUCAUGGGGGAGCUCUCCAGGCCGUCGUCACCCAGCCUCCAAGAGAGGGCGCUGAAAGCAGGCUGGCUUAAGAAACAGCGCAGCAUCAUGAAGAACUGGCAGCUGCGCUGGUUUGUGCUCCGGACUGAUCAGCUCUUCUUCUACAAGGAUGAGGAGGAAACCAAACCACAGGGAUGUAUCCCGUUGCAGGGUAGUCAAGUCAACGAGCUGACAGCCAAUCCUGACGAACCUGGGCGGCAUCUUUUUGAAAUAGUUCCAGGCUGUACAGGAGAGAAGGACAGAUCGGCUCUCAGCCAUGAGGCUUUCCUGCUCAUGGCAAACUCCCAGAAUGACAUGGAGGAUUGGGUCAAAGCCAUCAGACGUGUCAUCUGGGCUCCCUUUGGAGGAGGUAUCUUUGGCCAGCGACUGGAGGACACAAUACAAUAUGAGAGGAAGUUUGGACCACGGCUAGCCCCUCUCCUGGUGGAGCAGUGUGUGGAUUUCAUACGGGAACAGGGUCUGAAAGAGGAGGGUCUCUUUAGGAUGCCAGGACAAGCCAACCUGGUCAAAGAACUCCAGGAUGCUUUUGACUGUGGUGAUAAGCCUCUGUUUGACAGUAACACUGACGUUCACACUGUGGCGUCCCUCCUGAAGCUCUACCUCAGGGAGUUGCCUGAGCCUGUGAUCCCCUUUAACAAAUAUGAGGAAUUUCUAACCUGUGCACAGCUUCUGCUAAAAGAUGACGAAGUGGGAUUAGAUGAGCUUGUGAAGCAGGUGUGCACUCUUCCUCGGGCUAAUUAUAAUUUGUUAAAGUACAUUUGCAAAUUCUUAGAUGAGGUGCAGUCACACUCAAAUGAGAACAAGAUGAGCGUCCAGAACCUUGCAACAGUAUUUGGACCAAAUAUCCUUCGGCCUAAAGUAGAGGACCCUGUUUCAAUGAUGGAAGGAACGUCCCAGGUUCAGCACCUGAUGACGGUGUUGAUCAGUGAACAUGAGCGUCUUUAUGUGGGGACUGAGGGAGAUAUGUCUUCUGAGCAGACCGGAAGUUGUCUUCGGGGUCAGCGCUGCAUGGCGGAGUGGAUCUCCGAUGAGGAGAUGCUGAACUGCUCAUCUCUGAGCCAGGCGUCCAAGGUGGCAGAGAGUGCGUGCGACAGUGCCACGUCUUUAGACAUCAGUACAGGUGCCCCUAUCACUGCCAAAAUGACACCUCAGGGAAAAGCUGGUGUGACGGUCAGCCCCAGCAAGCAGAUGAAAUCCCUCCCCUCCUGGAAAUACUCCUUCAAGAGUGGAGGGGUGCGUGCUCAGCCCGCGAAAAUAGGGGGCUCGUCCGUGGACGUGUCCACCUUGCCCAGUACUGGCAACUGGUUGAUGAACGGGCUUUCUUCUCUCCGCAGCCAUCGGCGCACUUCUUCAGGCGAGCGCAUGGGAAAGGAUUCAGCCCUGUCGCACCGUCUGUCCACUUACGACAACGUGACCUUAUCCAGUCUCAGCGUACCCAGUGUCGCGAGCACGCCCUGGUCCACGUCCUCUUGCGAGAUUUUAGUGGACGACUCCGUAGCAAGUGACCCUUCUGGGCUGAACUCUGUGAAGUGGUCAGUUGGAGGGUCUGUCCAAGGGCAAAGUGAGGACAGGAGUUCAGAGGUCACGGAGAGCAGCGAAGCACUGGAAAUGUGUGUGAGCAGUGCAGGCUGCAGUGAGAAUGGAAAUGUUGGAGAUAUGGUGAACGCCACGGGAGAUACUGACACUUGCACAACAGCAUUUAACAGCCUGGUAACAGAGCUGAAAGAUGAGUUGAAGAAACAGAAGGCCAACUAUGAAUCACGAAUACGAAGGCUAGAUGAAUCAAACAUCAUGCUGCGUAGCCAAAUGGAGAGACUCGAGGAGGAGUUUGACCAGGAGAAGAAAAAGUAUCGCAUGUUGGAAAUCAAACUCCGCAACUCUGAACGGGCCCGUGAGGACGCAGAGACCCGUAACCGUUUGCUCCAGAAUGAAAUGGAGGAGUUCUUCUCCACCUUGGGAGAUCUUACGUUGGGAACAAGGACAAGCAAAAUUUGACUCGGGUUUUGACAGUCCUCCUGAUGUAACACUGAGAGACUGCGUGUUUGUUGUAGAUAGAAUUUUGAAAUCUCUCUGCUCAUGCAUCAUGAGUAUUCAGAGGUCAUUUUGUGCUGUUUUGUAACGGCGACUUGAUCGUGUAGGAGUUUUACUUUUAUCUCUGCUCUUCAUUCUUACAUUUUAAAGGGGUAGUUCACACAAACAUACAAAUUCUGUGAUUUACUUCCCCCUCAUGGUGGUUUUCCCCUUCUGCACAGCACAAUUUUUUUUUUGAGACAUCUUAAAAAAAAUGUCUAAAGCAGUCCUCUAUUUUGUGUGAAGAACAAACCAAAUUGUGCAUCUUGUUCUGAACGUCAAACUUGCCAUCUGCUAUUUGUAAAUAAUGCCAGUUUAUUUUUUUGGGUGAACUAUUCCUUUAAGGUGGAGCUCAAUUGUUAGCAGUCAUCACUAGCAUAACCUGCACAGAUUAUACCAAAGCAUGACUUUUCAGACCAGACUGUUCCCUCACACAGGCAGGUCAUGUUACUGCAUGGUAUGAAAGAAAUCCUGAUAAACCUUGAUGUUUUGAUGAAAUUAUCACACAAUCCUUUUUCAUUCAAAGUCUGCUUCUUUUAAAUUCAUUAAAACCAUUAAUAGGCUGCUUCCUAUCACACUUUGCCUCACACUACCAGACAUGAACAAGUAAGUCAUUGCUCAUUUAGAUCAACCUUCAAACACAAACUCGUUUUAGCAAAUCCGUUUAUUGUAAGUAAAAUGCACUAUAAAAUAAAAGAUUAGAUGAGGUGACACCAUCCAAACUGUACAACUUGUACAAAAGUUAUUAAAAAAUCUUUUAAAUCUGAUAUAACCAUAUCAAAAGAUUACUUCAGCUGCAGGAUUGCCAAGGCUAGUAUUUAUUUAAGCGUGUUAAUGUACCUAGAACUAUUUCUCAGGUGUUGUUUUUCUAAAAAAAAAAUGAGUGUCUUUAUAUAAAAUAGAUGAUGAAACUAAGGCUGACAUAUACUUGAAUGUGUUCGUUUUUUUUUUUUUUUUGUAUGCACAUGUUCUUGUGGUUGUUUUUCUGUUUAUUGAUUCCUGAAUGCAGAACGUGCCAAAGUAGAGGUCUUCAAAAAAUUGGUUUUUCAUUUCAAAUGAAGACUGGCUAGUCUUCGUAAUAAAUUGCCGUUGUCAUUGAAACUGUGUUGUGCCUUUAUAAUGCAUCAAGGAAAAAUCUGAAGUUGGAUAAUGAGUAAUAUAACAACUUAUCAAAUCAUAUAAUGAUAACAGUGCUAUGCAAAAAAAUAUUUUUGCUUUCUAUCAAACGCUUUCAAAAAAUCAGACCAUCAAGGACAACUUAAAGGGAUAGUUCGGUCAAAAAUGAACAUUUUGUCAGCAUCUACUCAACCUCAAGUUGUUCCAAAGCUGUAUUCCUUCUGCUCAACCCAAAAGAAGAUAUUUUAAAGAGGGUCAGAAACCAAAAGGUUGCUGGCCACGUUGACCUCCAUAAUAUGGGAAAAAAGCAGUCAAUGAGGUCCAUAAACUGUUUGGUUUUCGACCUUCUUUUCAGCAGAAGAAAGAAAUUAAUACAGGUUUGGAACAACUUGAGGGUAAGUACAAUUUUGGGGUAAAUUAUUCCUUCAAUUGGGAUAGUUAAUUCAAAAAAAAA